CCUUGGAUACCGUUUAACAACACUUAACCCGACAAACUGACAACUCGUCGUUCUUUUAAUUGUUUUAAUACGGUUUUACAAUGUCAGAGGACGUCAAACCUGAAGUGAUUAAGAAAACCCAAGAUCUGCUUGGAAAAUACUUUAAAAAGCCACCUCUCACGGAGAAACUAUUGAGGAAACCACCAUUUCGGUUUUUGCAUGACAUUAUUACUGCUAUAAUAAAGGAAACUGGAUUUCUUGAUGGCUUAUUUACAGAAGAAGAAAUGAUUUCUGAAAAUAUCAAAGAUAAAGAUGCAAAACUUUCAUACUUAACAAAACUAAUAGAUGUAGUAAAGUUAAUUACUGGUGCGAAUCUAACAGUACGAGCUAGUAAAAUUAUUUCUGGACAAGAACCAACAAAGACCAAUGAGCUGUUACAAAUGAUUGGAAAAUGUCUUAAUAAAAAGAUAAACAGUACAGAGGCAAUUGAACACUACAAAAAGAACGGUGACAAAAAAACACGUAGUACAGUAAAAUCUAAGACAUCAUUGAAAGAACAGCCCAUAAAAAAACCUUUAUCAAGGCAAUCUUCUCAGACAAGGAAAUCAUCAGAAAAAGAGAAAACAGAACACAAGAAAAGAUCGUCGAGUACCAGUAACGUACCACCAAAAGAAAUAAAAACAAACAAUGAGAACAGUAAAACUAAAAGCCGUGAAAGUUCAGAAAAUGAUAAUGAAAUAAAUAAGAACCAAAAUGUGGAAAUACCUCCAGCUGAACCAGUCGAGGAAAGAGUUUCUUCAUCUAGGCGUAAAAGAGUUCCGUCUACUGCUAAGACAAAACCAGAAGAUGUAUCUUCAAAUAUUUCUGACUCUACAAUUAGUAAAACAUCCAGUUCUCCAACCCACAAAGUUAAACGUCAUUCUUCAGAAUCUCACCAUGAGAACAAAAUAAAACAGCAGACUUUAAGUGAUCCUCCAAAUGAAUCUGUAAUCUCGGAAGACAACGAAACUAAUGUGCCAUUAACAACAGAAAAGGAUGCUGGCGAUGCAAAGUCGAAUGUUUCGUUUAAAAAAGAAUCUGCAAAGGGAUCUGUAGAAGUAGAGAAGGCAUCUUCGAGAAAUAAGUCGGCAAGGGUUUCUAAAUCGAGCAACAGUAGCGCAGCAAAGCAGUUUGCUAGUGAUAACGAGCCUACACCUGUUGAUCUGACAAAAGUGUCAAAGGAAACUCAGGAAGCGAGCGUACCAGAAACAAUAAUUAAUAUACCACGAACAUCUCUUCGGCCACCAAGUGCUCGACCAAUGAGUGCAAGACCUGCUGCACCAAGAACGAGAACAAAAUCAGAUUUUAUUCUUACUGAAGAUAGCCCUACUCCUAUGGGACCUGUUAAUGUUAUACUUGAAAGCUUCGAUCAAAAGGACGAUGAUGCUGAUGACAUGGUGGUGAUGGAGAUUGGAGGAAAUGGUGAUUCCUUGGGAGUCGACACUACAAGUAAAAUGCAGAAAGAACUAACGCAAGAACAUGGACAUUUGGUGGCACAAAUUUUAGAAACACAAAAAGAAUUGGUUAACACGGACAACCUUGAUGUUCUGCCUAAAAAAGUUGAAAUUGAGUGGGAAGUUGGCUCGAGACGAGAUCAUGAAGUAGUGGUUAAAGAGAUUGACAAACUAAGAAGUGAAAUACAGACACUGACACGAGCUACUAAUCCAUUAGGAAAACUCUUGGAUUACGUACAGGAAGACGUAGAGACGAUGCAAAGAGAACUUUACGAGUCACGAAAUGAGUAUAAUCAAUUGAUGGAGCAGUUCGAAAAAGAACAAAUCCAGACACAGGAAUCAGUGGGACCUAUGAAGGAUACUUUAAAGUCAAUCGAGAACAACAUAAAAAUGCAAUUAGAUAAGAUAUGCCAAGCAAAGGCAAACAUAGCGAGGAAUGACCAGAAGAUUCAGCGUCUGUUAAAUGGACACGUGUAGCAGUUUAUGCUCAACAGUUGAUCAAGGUAUUACAUUAAUACAUCUACAAUAUUGUCAUUUCAGGGUUACAAAAAGUAAGUCCUUAACACUAGAAAUACCAAGAUCAGUCAAAAUAACUGGUUUCAGAUGGUCCAUCCUAUACAAAAAAAAUCCGCCGGUAGUUCUAGUGUUAAAUCCGUUUCAUUAUAUCAAAAAAUAUUUUUACUACUAAUCGUAUGGUAUUGUAAAUAGGAAAAUAUCUCAAUUACCAACAAUACAUGAUAAAGUAUGUAUAAAAACACGCCUAAAGAUUGAAAAUAAUACUACUAAAGUAUUAUGAUCCAUAGGUGUAACACUAAACUGCAACAGGAUAAUAUAGAUUUAAUGAACUUCAUUUUAUUCAAGAAAAAAUGCUCAGUGGUGUCAAGGCAAUAUUAUCUCAAAAUCAAUUCUACCGUCUACCCCUUUAUAAAAAGUGUUUACCAGAGUCAUACAGAGCCCUUCUCACGUAUGCAAAAUACGCUGUUAGACAGCUUGAAAUAAUUACCUAUGAUUAUCUGAUGAUUGUGUCUCUCAGCAUUUACUUCAAUACGUGCGUAGCACUUUUUGUUAUAGAUUACAAAAUUGGGCACCAUAGAAAGUUCAAUCAUAGAAAGUUGUAACUAUUAAAUUGAAUUCGGUACACGAAUAUUCUAUAAGAAACAUAUUUUUAUAAGCGUGAGUUUUCUCAAUAGGUUUCUAAGAGUUAAGUAGAAAACGGUAUGCAUAAAAGUUUCGAAGAGAGAAUGAAUAAAAGAAAGCGAAUUGAUGAUAAGAGCACAUUUUUAUGAUACGGUGAAUUCUAAAUACAAUCUAUGUCAUGAUAAUCCAAGUAAAAUGUAAUGGAUUAAACACCAUUAAUAUUAAUCCUUCAGAUUUGCGAAGCUAAAAGGUAAACUGUCGUUGGACCUAUAUUAAUAUUAUUCAGACCUUGCCGAUUGACUUUCCGAAUUCAGGCAUUAUACAUUUACAUGUAUAACAAAUGUCUGUAUUUAUGUAUGUACAUACCUACAAGGAACUAAAAUCUACUUAAAUAUUGUUAAUCAACUAAUUUGUGUACAUAUGUGAAAGCUAUUAUUUUUUUAUAAUUAUGCUGAUCUUU